AUGGCUGCCAGUUCGGCCGACCGUUCGUGGACCUUCCCUUCACAUCUCUCAGCAUCCGCUAACCCGACGCUGAGAGAGAACGUGAGAACUUUCUCAAGCUCAACGGAUGGUUCUUCCGGCGAGGACAAGACCUUAGGUGAUAAGCCAAGGACGAACACCUUCAUCAGAUUGAGACCUCUUGCGGACCAAGUCACCUCCAAGAAGUUUGUGAAGCGAAGUCAGACGGUUCAGUCGAAGCUCAAAGUGGGUCAACAAGAUCUCCGGAUUGCAGUUGAGAAUCUUAUUUCGGGCUUGACGGCAAGCAGUGUGUCGCGUGAAUCAGAGGAAGUUCCAUCGAUCUUGGAGGCCUCGGGGGACCUGAACGAGCUCGAUCAGAUGGAAUCGAUGAAUGAGGCGUACGAGAAGCUGUUGGACGUGUAUUCAGAAGGGCUCAAUGCGGAAGAGAUUCAGGAUGUGCUCGACUUCUUUCCGACUUCGGAUCUCAAGAGGCAGUCGAUGCAGGCUGAGAGGAUAAAGGAGCAGUGGAUCAGGCAUGGAGUGAAGUUUGGGAUCGAGGCCCAGCGGCUGGAUGAGAUCUGGGAGACCAUAGGUCUCUACUCACACUCGCAAGCAGUUGAGCAUGGGUUCGCUGUUGUUGUCGACGGGACUACUUCUCCGCCUGUUGCUUACACCGUAGGACUGAGUGGGAGCUUUGGGUUUGGCUUCGAGAUUUUGGUUGUAGGGAGCACAAGCGAGAGCCUGAUGGGCGCUAGGUCAAUCAUCCGGCAGUGCGUGGCAGAGUUGGAGGAGAAGUACGCACUCAUUGACGUACCUGACUCUCUUCGGCUUGACAAGCUAAUCGAUGGGAGGAGAGUCGCUCUGAAGGAAGCCAAGGAUAGCAAGCUUGUCAAUGAAAAGUUCGCCAGGCUCGCAGACCUCUACGUCAGGAUUCACAACCCUGAAAAGGACUCGGAGAACAUGAGCAAGAUUAUGCAGAUGAGAACGGUCGGUUCCCCUGGGACAGAGGCUUCCGCGAUGAGCAGAAGGAUGUAG